UGGUUGUAGUGAGAAGGGGUUGAUUUAAAAAUCACUAAUCUCAUAUUUUCUUGCUGCUUAUCCACUCCAAUUAUUCAAAGAUAAAUGAGCAAAAAUGUUUCUUUCAUAGGGUAACUCCCUCCCUUCAAAAAAAUGUCUGCUAGCUCCCUAUUGCCCUUAGGCUAAAGUCCCAGCCCCACGAGGCCUUGCUUCUAUCACUACUCUCAAAUCCACCCCGUGGCCUUCCUGUUCGUCUUUCCAGUCAUUCCCCUUCACUCUGCCUUUUUUUCUUUUCCCACCAUACUUCUUAUCCACGCAUCCCAACCCUAUUCUCUAAAUUGUGCCCACACAAUGUCCCACUUCUUCCAGAAAGGAAGACCGCCCUGGGUGGUCUUCACUGGGAUCAUUCCCUUGAGUCUCCCAACUACACUUGAUGUUAAUACUUCACAGUAAACUUAUCCUUGGUUUUCAGUCCCACUGGAAGUACCUAGAGAUCGCGGUGUACAAGGUCUAGAGCUCCUAAGACUCUCCUGAGUACGGGGCUUACCUAGAGAUCGCGGUGUACAAGGUCUAGAGUUCCUAAGACUCUCCUGAGGGGCUGGGCCUAUGCUACUGCAGUCUCUUGCUGCUUCGGCGUGUCUAUGUGCCGUAGUGUCCCAAUCCUCCUCCCCUCCUCCUUCGGCAUCUGCUCUGCAUUAGUCUGUCCCAGGCCUCCGCAGGCGCCGAUGAUUGAAUCAUCAUCAUUAACAGGGGUCUGCCCCCCCCCCCUCCACAAGCCCCGGCGGCAGGGGAGUGGGGGGAGAAUAAGAGCACUACACCAAGUCCCUGGGGGUCUCUCCCUCCCCGCCACCCUCUCCGAGACUCCGCAAAGCCCGGAGAAACUCCCGCCGUGGAGCCGGGAGAAGGCCUGCCAUUCGGAUGAAGAUCCGUAACGUGGACGCGUCAGCCGACGAGGGCUACAGUACGAGGAAAGGACCCAGGAGGGGUUUCUCUAGCGGGGUCCUGGUCACGGGAGAUCGAUGACCCUGAUCGGCGGCGGGCGGAGACCGCUGGGCCCUUUGGGGUAGAAGGGGGCAGUCUUUUGCUGGCUCCAAAAGUUAGUCCCGGGGUAGGGUAGGGUCUAUUGUGAUGAUUACUACAAGAGCUCUGUGAGAUAGGACCCCCUCCCCACAACCCCCCUCCUUAAUUACGGAUUGAGGAGGGGGAGGGGCCAGUGGGGCUCAGGUGAGCACACGGGGAGAAAGGGACAUGGGCGGGGCCUUACAGAGGGUCAGCGAAUCCGAAAAGACCUAAGCCCUCGUUGCUGGGCGACAAGUCCCGCCCCGCAGGCGGCACCGGAAGUGGCAGGCCGGGAUCAGCCUUUAAGAUGGCGUCUCCUCAGGGGGGCCAGAUUGCGAUCGCGAUGAGGCUUCGGAACCAGCUCCAGUCAGUGUACAAGAUGGACCCGCUACGGAACGAGGAGGAGGUCCGAGUGAAGAUCAAAGACCUGAAUGAGCACAUCGUCUGCUGCCUGUGCGCUGGCUACUUCGUGGAUGCUACCACCAUCACAGAGUGUCUUCAUACGUUCUGCAAGAGUUGUAUUGUGAAGUACCUCCAAACCAGUAAGUACUGCCCCAUGUGCAACAUCAAGAUCCACGAGACACAGCCACUGCUCAACCUCAAACUGGACCGGGUCAUGCAGGACAUCGUGUACAAGCUAGUGCCUGGCCUACAAGACAGUGAAGAGAAACGGAUUCGAGAAUUCUACCAGUCUCGAGGCUUGGACCGGGUCACCCAACCCAGUGGGGAAGAGCCAGCCCUGAGCAACCUCGGCCUCCCUUUCAGCAGCUUUGACCACUCAAAAGCCCACUACUAUCGCUAUGAUGAGCAGCUGAGCCUGUGCCUGGAACGGCUGAGUUCUGGCAAAGACAAGAAUAAAAGCAUCCUGCAGAACAAAUACGUCCGAUGUUCUGUUAGAGCUGAGGUUCGUCAUCUCCGGAGGGUCCUGUGUCACCGCUUAAUGCUAAAUCCCCAGCAUGUACAGCUCCUUUUUGAUAAUGAAGUUCUCCCAGAUCACAUGACCAUGAAGCAGAUAUGGCUGUCCCGCUGGUUUGGCAAGCCAUCCCCUUUGCUUUUACAAUACAGUGUGAAAGAGAAGAGGAGGUAGGGGCCAAGCCCCCGCUACAUCCCUGUCCCCUUCCUUCCCCAGAUAUUUAUGUGAAAUAAACUGUGGCUUUAUUUUUUGAAAUAAAAACUU